AUGGUCAACGUCUUCGCAGUUCCAGUCUUCUUCAUCUGCUUUCGAGAAUGUCUCGAGUGCACAAUCAUCAUCUCAAUCCUGCUUGCCUUCCUCAAGCAGAGCAUUGGCGGUCCGCAACAGGAUCGAGCGAUGUACAAGAAGCUGCUGAAGCAAAUCUGGUUCGGCGUCGGUCUGGGAGUCUUCAUCUGUCUGGCAAUCGGCGGCGCAUUCAUCGGAACAUUCUAUGGUCUCGGCAAGGAUAUCUACGGCAACACUGAAGACAUCUGGGAAGGCGUCUUCGGUCUCAUCGCAUCCAUCAUCAUCACCAUCAUGGGAAUCGGCCUGCUGCGAGUCUCAAAGCUGCAAGAUAAAUGGCGCGUGAAGAUUGCGCAAGCUCUCGAGAAGCACCACAGUGGUCAAGGUCUCGGAAUGGGAUCUCGGUUCAAGAUUUGGUGCGAGAAGUACGCCAUGUUCUUGCUGCCGUUCAUCACCGUCCUUCGAGAGGGAUUGGAGGCCGUCAUCUUCAUCGGUGGGGUUGGACUUGGUUUACCCGCGAAGUCUAUUCCAUUGGCCGUGGUUUGUGGUCUUCUUGUUGGGUGCGUCAUUGGAUACAUCAUCUACAAGGUCGGCAACACAACCAAGCUGCAGAUCUUCUUGAUCAUCUCAACCUGCUUCCUAUAUCUAGUUGCAGCGGGCUUGUUCUCCAAGGCUGUCUGGAACUUUGAGAUGAAUGCAUGGAGCAAGUUGACUGGUGGUGAUGCUGCUGAGACUGGUUCCGGUCCUGGCUCCUACGACAUCCGCAAGAGUGUAUGGCAUGUCAACUGCUGCAAUCCCGAGCUGAAUGGUGGCGGCGGAUGGGGCAUCUUCAAUUCCCUCUUCGGCUGGACCAACUCGGCGACAUAUGGCUCUGUUAUUUCGUAUAACCUGUAUUGGCUGGCGGUCAUCGUUGCCUUUGCAUCCCUUGGAUUUUACGAGAGGCGCGGCCACUGGCCGUUGCUGAAGCCCAAGGCGCGAUCAACGGACCAUGCGACCAUUGACAGCGACCAGACUAGCGAAGACUUACAAGAGAAGAAGAACCACGCUGUCGUGACAAGCCAACACAAUGCAGAAAUUUCGGAUUAGUGGUGAGGAUAUUGUCUAGAAUAAUGGCGGUGAGAGUCGUGGCCGAAACGAAGUAUGAUUGAGAAGCAUCAUCGCGAGACUAUGUAGCCAUGGCCUUAAGCUUCAAUGAAAGUUGCAUGAACU